UUGGUGCUGGCGCUGGGCUCGAGCGCCUCUUUGUUCGGGCGGUAGGCGGCGGAGCUGGAAGCUGAGCUCGGAGAGCACCCGGCGCUCCUCAGUGUGAAAAAUGGAGAGUUAUGACUCCGAGGCUGUUAGCAAGGUGACUCAGUGGCAGAGCUACAUUGAUUCUGGCAUUCACUCGGGAAUGAACACCAAUGUCCCCUCCCUCAGUGGCAAAGGCAACCCUGAAGAUGAUGAAAUGUUGAAGCAGGGAAGCUACACAGUCACAACCACUACCUACACAGCGACCCAAGUACCAGAUAUGGAAGAGCAGCUGGCCUCCACCCGUGGGCAACGUGUGCGUGCUGCCAUGUUCCCAGAAACCCUGGAGACUGGUACCCGUAUCCUGUCCACCCAGAUGGACCCUGGUCAGGAGACCAAUGUGCAGAAAUUGUCAGAAUCCUCUCAGAUGCUGAAAGCUGCCAUUGUACAGCUCAUCAAUUACCAAGAUGAUGCAGAGCUCGCAACACGGGCUAUUCCUGAACUCACCAAACUUCUCAAUGAUGAGGACCAGGUUAUUGUCAGCAAGGCAACCAUGAUAGUGAACCAGCUGUCAAAGAAAGAUGCUUCAUGUCGCGCUCUGGAGCAGUCGCCCCAGAUGGUUGCUGCGGUUGUCCGCACCAUGCAGAAUACAAAUGACAUGGAAACGGUGCGCUGUGCAGCUGGCAUCUUGCACAACUUCUCUCAUCACCGUGACGGCAUGCUCGCCAUCUUCAAAUCUGGUGGGAUUCCUGCACUGGUCAGGAUGCUCAGCUCUCCUAUUGAAUCCAUCCUGUUCUAUGCCAUUACAACCCUCCACAAUCUGCUUCUACACCAAGAGGGGGCAAAGAUGGCUGUCCGAUUGGCUGAUGGGCUCCAGAAGAUGGUUCCUUUGCUGAAGAAGAACAAUGUGAAGUUUCUUGCCAUCACCACGGAUUGCCUGCAGCUGCUGGCCUAUGGCAAUCAGGAGAGCAAGUUGAUUAUCCUGGCCAACGGGGGCCCAGAGGCUCUUGUUCAUAUCAUGAGGACCUAUAAUUACGAGAAGCUGCUCUGGACCACAAGCCGGGUCUUGAAAGUUCUGUCUGUCUGUCCCAGUAACAAGCCUGCAAUCGUGGAAGCUGGUGGGAUGCAGGCUCUGGGUUAUCACCUGGGCAGCUCCAGCCCCAGGCUGGUUCAGAACUGUCUCUGGACGCUCCGGAAUCUCUCUGAUGCAGCAACGAAGCAGGAAGGAUUAGAUCCUCUCCUCUCCACAUUGGUCCAGCUGCUGGCUUCAGAUGACAUUAAUGUGCUGACCUGUGCCACUGGUAUCCUCUCAAACCUCACCUGCAACAAUGCCAGGAACAAGAUGGUGGUCUGUCAGGUAGAAGGCAUUGAGGCCCUGGUCCACACCGUACUGAGAGCAGGCGACAAAGAGGACAUCACUGAACCAGCUGUCUGUGCACUCCGUCACCUCACCAGCCGACACCCUGAAGCUGAGAUUGCCCAGAAUAAAGUGCGCUCCAAAUAUGGUAUCCCUGGAGUUAUCAGGCUUCUGAAUCAACCUUUCCACUGGCCACUGAUAAAGGCCACUGUUGGACUGGUCCGUAACCUGGCACUGUGCCCUUCUAACCAUGGUCCUCUCCGUGAGAGUGGUGUCAUUUCCCAACUUAUCCAGCUCCUAGUGAAAGCUCACCAUGAAACACAGCGACAAGCGUCUGGAGGUGGACAGCAGCAAUAUAUGGAUGGAGUACGAAUGGAUGAGAUUGUUGAAGGCUGCACUGGAGCGCUGCACAUUCUGGCUCGGGAUCCUAGCAACCGUGCUGAAAUCACUCGGCUAAACACCAUCCCGCUGUUUGUUCAGCUCCUUUACUCUCCGGUUGAGAAUAUCCAGCGUGUUGCUGCUGGGGUUCUCUGUGAACUUGCACAGGACCGAGAUGCUGCAGAGGAGAUAGAUCGAGAGGGAGCCACGGCACCUCUCACUGAAAUGCUGCACUCCAUGAAUGAGGGAAUUGCCACCUAUGCUGCUGCUGUGCUGUUCCGGAUAUCAGAAGACAAACCUCAGGAUUACCGGAAGCGACUGUCUGUUGAAUUGACCAGCACGCUGUUUCGCAAUGACCCAGAGGCCUGGGAUGCUGCUGAGCGACUGAUGGUUGCAGAUUCCUAUCACGAUGCAUUCCUCCCUCCACCCACUGAGGGGGAGACAGACCUGCACUAUCGAAAUCAAGACGGCGAGUUGGAUAUGGACCAUGAGUUGAUGAAUGGUCCUGAUGGACUGUACUCAGUGGACAGACAUGGGAUGAUGUCGGAUGAGCCUAUGAAUUUGUAUCGAUGCUAGACCUCCCAAGCAUCAUUCCACAAGCCUUGAAAUGCAGAUGAGGUUCUGGAGGGAUCAGCAAAACUGCUUUUAACCGAGUUUGUGUGUGGCAGAGACUUGCAUAUUGACAGAAGUGCCUAACACUCAUCGAGGAAAGCCUGUGGGAAGCAUUUCGAAGCUGAAGCCUUUCAGUAUGGGACUAAUUGAGGAAAUAUUUGGUAUCAGGAAUGAUUUGAGUGAGCAACUCCAAUCUGUCUGAAGGUUUCUGUUCUGUUUAACCAGCUUCUCUAGAAUGUGAUGUUCAAAGGGAGGAAAUAAUCCUUCCCUUGAAAAUUCCCUUUUCCUGGCUGUGAAAGCUGCAAAUUACCAAAGCAUUAUUUUAUUUUUAAACCAGUUUCAUUCUCAUUUUAGAACAUUUAGGGUUAUGUUACAUAAUCUCUCUCUCUCUCUCUCUCUCUCUCUCUCUCUCGUUAGUGCAGGUUAUUGAGCGAGUGGCUGUGAAGAUAUCUGCUUGCACGUGACUGGUGAGCUUUUAAUUGUUCUGGACCAGCUCCCAAGGGGUCCGUUUAAAAGCAUCAAAAAGAAACUUCCAUUCUCAAUAUGUAAUCUACACUUGCCUUGCUGAUGUUUAACUGCCUGCAGAUGGGAGGGAAUUAUUCUCCUGGGAGACCAUGAAUCAAUAAGUCAUGAUCAGAGUUUUUUUGUUGAAUUAAUUAAAGCAAAUUUGGUGGAUGAACUAGUGGUCGUUCAUUUUUAAUGAGCAGUGAGUGAUACUGAGAGCAUUUCUUUGUUUCCCUCUAAGUCCUUUGCUCCACCGUUCGCUCAGUAGUUCUGCAUCUCACCCAUUCAAUGGGCUAUAGUUUGGUCUUAGCCAGUAUGUAGUGGCUUCAGUAAGGGUAUAAAUGUGGGAAGUCAGCACGUGACUUUAAAACCGAACCAAGCUAUAAGUCUAUCUGGCUGGUGAUGGGGGAAGCCGAGAUGUCUGGAUUUGAUCUGCAGUAAAGCCUGUGGUUGUGUGUCCCUCUGUGAUGUGCAUAAAUGAGGCAGUUAGGAAGAGUAUUUGUCAAUCCUGAUUUAAUGAUCUCUCUAUUAAUGGUGGCUGGUGUUUUGUGUGGUUUUCUGCUGUAACCAUUUUAAACAGCUUUUUGAACUAACUGCAGUUUUUCUUUGUAAAUUGUAUGGUGAUGCAGGUCAUUCAUACAGUGCAUGGUUUCAAUCAACCAACUUUGAUAACUUCUAAGUUUUUGUAAAAAGCAAAUUAAAAACAAUAUACCACA